AUGUCCUCCUCACACCCCUCCAAGCGGCUGCCCAUCAGCUGCGAACCGUGCCGCAAGCGAAAGAUCAAAUGCCCUCGCGACCGCCGCCCGUGCCAGACGUGCGUGCGCCGCGGGCUGCAUCCCGACGAAUGCAUUUAUCUCGGCCGUCCGCGACUGUCGGCCGAGCAGACGACAUGCUCCUCCACCGUCGACGCGGGCGUGCAGCAAGAGCUGCUCGACCGCAUCCGCAAUCUCGAGGAUCUCCUCCAGAAGCAGAUCCCGCCGCAGCAGCAGAAGAAUACCCCCGUGUCCCCUCCCAGCACGGUCGUCAGCUCCACUGCCAAGUCGUCAUCGUCGUCGUCGGCGGCGCCAACGUAUGAACCAGCUGGAGAUUCGUCCUCCACCAGCUCCCAGUACGAUGCCUCUGGAAAUGUGGGCUGCCUCAAGGUUUCUCCGUCAGGGCAUGUUCGCUACGUGCCGAUGGCGUCGCAGUGGAACUCCGUCUUCGCCAAGUCGGCCGUGGGCGACAGCCUCGACGGGGUGGACGACGACGUUCUGGACGAUGGGGAGCUCGAGGUGCCGUUUGUCUGUCAAGGGAGGACAACGCGCAAGGACCUGCUGGCGAUGCUGCCGCCUGGACGGUACUGCGACGUGCUGAAGGAUGUCUUUCUCAAGGUCUUCUCGCCGCUCUUCCACAUCCUGCACGAUCCCACCUUCGAGGACGAAUAUCGCAAAUUCCGGCACAACCCCGACAGCGUCUCCAAGGCCUGGCUGGCCCUGCUCUUCGUUGUCCUGGGGAUCGCCGUCACCGGCCUCGACGACGACAACCCGCUGCUGCCGGACCUGGGACGCGAGCCCACCGUCAGCGGGAAUAUCCAGGUGCUGUCGCGGCGAUAUCGAUCGGCGGCGAUGCAGUGUCUGGCGGCCGACUCGGUGGUGUCUCACCAUUCCAUCCGCUCACUGCAGGCGCUCGUGCUGAUCCUGUAUGCACGAACGCAUGCGAGUCAGCCGACCUGGACGCUGCUGGGCUUUACCCACCAUGUCGCCAUCUCGAUGGGCUGUCAUAUCGACCCGGAACGGUUUGGCUUGGGUCCGGUGGAAUGCGAAGAGCGACGCCGGGCGUGGGCCGGGUUGAUCAUGAUCUACACGAUCCAGAACACGUCGUUUGGCAGUCUGGAUGCCCGUUUUCUGUCGCACGACGUGAAACUGCCGGCCGAUGUCAAUGAUCUGGACUUGCUGGUGGGCUCCAACUGCUCCGAUCGCGACCCGCGCAGCGGUCCUACGCAGAUGACCUACCUGCUGAUGAAGUUCCGGCUGUAUGAGAUCUCGGCCAAGAUCUGCCAGGGCAUCUUCUUUAAUGAUGGCUCUGCCCGGUCGCAGCCGUCGUCGUCCGUCACGGAAUUGCAGCAGGAGAUCAUAGCGAUCCAGGAGGCAUGCAAAGAGCGCUAUCUCUCCGACACCAGCCGCGAGCCACUGCCCAGCCACCACAUGGCGAACCUCAACAUCCUCUACAGCUACAUCAACCAGCUGUUUCUGCUGCUGUACCGGCCGCUAUUCCGGAAGUACUUCCAGGGGGAGGUGACGCCGGCGACGCGCAACGCGCGAGACCGGUGCCUGGCGUCCGCGCGGGAGAUGCUCGCCAUCUACAAGAACAUGGUCGAGACGCCGCAGUUCGCCGAGUACAAGUGGUACAGCGGCGGACUGGGCAGUUUCCACGCGUUCCACGCGGCGGUCAUCCUGGUCGCCGUGCUGAUGAACCCGGACAGCCACGCCGAGUUUGACGAUCUCAGGCGGCUGCUGAGCGAGUCGAUAGAUUUGUUUGCGUCGCUGGCUCACCGGAGCACGAUCUGCAGUAGGGUUGUUCCUAUUCUGCGGAAUUUCAUGUCCAUUUGCGACAACCAUCGCCAUUCAGAACAACCCUACCGUCCGCAUCCGCCGCAAGACGGGUACAUGCCCGAGUCCCCGCCGAUGGACAUCCCGAUGGACGCCUUCUUUGCGCAGCUGCAGCCAGAGUACUGGGUCAGUCCGGCUGCGGCAGCCUGGGACGGGUGGGAUUUUCUCGCAGAGCAGUUUGAACCGGCAGUCCAGACGGGCGUCCAGACGGUUCCGGUGCGGGCGCCUGGGUAG